AAGUAUGUAUGGAAGUCUUUUUAGGUUAUGACGACGACGUGUUUGACGACAGAAUUCUUGAAAUCGGCAAUCUGGUUCUGACCUGUGAAAUUUUAUUGAAUAUCAGAAAGUACAGAGUACACGUGCUUUACUAAUUUACUUUUUGAGCUUAUGAGGGUCUUGAAUUUUUUUAGAUCUUCACUGUAUUACUCUAGAAUGGCUGGAAAUCUUAAAGCUACAAGACUCGAUCACCUUGCAAACGAAAUUGAAAGUCUGAUUUCAGUGGUAGAAAAAGAGAUUGCCGGUUUUGUUGUGGCUGCAGUUGCCACUGAAGAGAAAGAGAAUGCCUUACUGCAAAAAGAAGUUUUAAAAAGUAAGGAAGAACUAAUUAAUCUCCAAAAAAAGAAUGGAGUUUCACACAUUGAAAUUCCCGGUGCAAACAUCAGUAAAACACCGAAACAGGAAAAGAAACAAGAACAGAAACCAAAGACAGCCAAAAUUUCAGCUCCAAAAACCCAAGAAAAAGCUGCCUUACCUGUACAUUUCGGCCGGCUGGACCUGCGUAUGGGGAAAAUCCUGGAAGUGAACGAACAUCCUCAGGCAGAAAAUCUGUACGUUGAAACAAUCGAUGUUGGUGAAGAACAGCCAAGGACUGUUAUAAGCGGCAUCCGGAAGCACAUCUCGAAAGAAAACCUUCUGGCGACUCCGGUGGUGGUCGCUUGCAACCUGAAGCCGGCCAAACUUCGCGGCGUCAAGUCGUACGGCAUGCUGCUAUGCGCAGUAAGUGACAAAAGUGUGGAGCCUCUGCGCAGUCCAGCCGAUGCCAGGCCGGGCCAGCGACUUCAGGUGGAGGGGGUCGAAUGCAUGCCCGACGCCGAACUCAACCCAAAGGAGAAGGUGUUCGAAACGGUCGCCAAACAGCUCAGGAUCAACAGCGACAAGGUUCUCGUCUACAAUGAUGUUGCGGUCACUUGCGGGGAUAGUAAGGGGUUCAUUACGACCAAGAAUAUGAGUGACUGUUCGGUGGCCUAGAAUUGUUGAUAUGGGGAUGCAAUAGAUUGUAAUGUAGUGAGGUUCACCUUGAACUGUCAGCAUUGUCUGUAUGAUAAUAAUAAUUAUUAUUAUUAUUGGAAAGUAUAAUGGUAUGAUGGGAAGGUAUAAUGGGAAGCAACACAAGCUAUAAAUAUAAUAUGUAAACGGUUUUUAUUGAAAUUGUAUUUUCGAAUAAAUAUAUUGAAAUAUAGAAGCAUAAUGGUCGGAUUCAUUUUGCUUCCACUGCAGUAAAAAUAAUGUACCUAUGUCAACCUUCAUAGGAUUCCGACCGGUAAUAUAAUAUAUUAUUGAAGGCGUUUUGAAUAUUUAUUUAUUCAUUCAUAUAUUUAUUUAUUUAUUUAUUUAUGAAAAACAUGGAAGCAUACAGGAUUUAUCCCAAAAAUUGCUUCCAUAACAACACAAUUACAAUAGUUCAUUAUACAUGUACAGAAAAGAAGAAUAUUGAAAAAUUACAAAGAAAGAAGAGGAAAAAUAAUAGAAAAAAACAGAAUCAGUACUAAUCAUACCCUUGAAGACUAGUGCAAAAGUGGAUUCAAAAAAACAUACAACAUCAACUCAACAGACAAGAGACACAUUAAAACACUCGACAGUCACACUCGCAGAAGUCGCCUACAAUCCCUACGGAAGCAACUGUAAGCGGAUGACAAGUCGAGAUGAUCCGACGCAGAAUAUCUAGUAUGGCAACUCAACAAAGUUUACACACUUGUAUAUCGAAAUAAUGAUACUAAUUCAAACAGGAAACACAGGAUAGAGAUAGAU